AUGCUUUACAAUCAAACGAACCGAUCUCCCUCAAAUGAUACAAUCAUUGAAUCAUUACUUCGUUUGAGACGUAUACAUGACCGAGAUCACCCAAUACUUCAAUUAAUUCAAGAUGAAUCUGAAUACAAUGUAUUAAGGGCAUAUAGUUCCAAUGAGAUGUUUGGCUCAACAGAAUUCUACAACUAUGUUAAUGAGCAAUUACGCAACGACAAUAAAACCACAUUAACACACCUGAUACCAUUUAUUCGUCGAGCUACAAGCCAAAUUAACAAUAAUGGUCCGUCGUGCGAUUGUGUAGUCUAUCGUGGUAUGGAUCUUAGUAACAAAGAUCGUAAGUUUUUUACGUCUGGCAAAAAAUUCCGAUUUCCAGGAUUUACUUCUACAAGCACGCUGAGAGAGGUAGCAAGACGUUUUGGUAACACUUUAUUUGAAAUUCGAAUUUCUGCUGGUUGUCGUCAAGUGAGAGAUAUUGCAAAUAUUUCGUGUUUUACAGCUGAACAAGAAUGGUUAUUUUCUCCUUAUUCCCGUUUUCGAGUUGGAGGAAAAGAUCAUGAUUUAAUUGUUUUAGAAUCGAUGGAUAAUAUAAUGCAGAUUUAA